AUGCCCUGGAUGGGCGAGUCCGAAUCUGUGGACCUUACGGGCAGCUUGACCGAGGGCAUGCGUUUCAUGAACCACGGACUCGUCGGAGUGACUCUCAAAGCUAUGGGUUACCUGGUCAUGAUGAUCAAGAACUACAGCGAGUCUGAAUGCAGUGAGAUAGAAGGAUCCCAGGACAUCAACAAUGACUGCUACGCGGUGUCCACGGGUUCUCGAGGCUUGAGUUACAAGUUCAUGGGCGCGGAAGACAUCAAGCUACUACCCGAGAAGUACGGCAUCGACAUGGUCGAGUUCUUCAAGAACAUCCGCGAGUGCAGUACGCUUGGGGAUGACCUUGGUGUUGGCAGUCUUACUGUAUAUCCUGCGAACUUCUUCAAUCUAGACUUGGCCUUGCAUGUUAGUUGA